AUGGCAUCCUGGGACAAUCGCGAGGUCACCAAGGAGCAUCUUCUCCCCUACGUUGAUUCAAGCACCACCGAGGGCGAUGUUCAAGCAGCUCUCAAGACCUUGCCCUUUGAGCGCAAUAUAUUCAAACUGACAGCCAAUGCGCCCGCCUUCUUUCCCACGUUCAUGAAGCUAUUGACCUGCUCAUGGUCCCCAGACCGCACCUUGCGCUCUCGAGACUGGCAGACCAUCGUCUUGCGAACCGCGGCUACCCUGGAUGCUCCGUAUGAAUGGGACGUCAACGAGCCUGUCGGCCGUGUUUUCGGCUUCACGGAUGAGCACCUGAAGUACCUCCGCAGCGGCGAUUUGUCCUCUACUGAGCUUUUUACAGACCGCCAGCGCCUGGUCAGCUCUAUCGUGGAGGACCUGUGCCUGAAGGACCGCGUCCCCGAGGAAAAGGUCCGUCGCGCCAAGGAGGUUUUUGGCGACACGGGUCUCAUGGAGCUUUUCUUCAUCCAGAGCAUCUAUGCCUUUCUGGCACGGACCAUGAAUAGUUGCAAGAUUGACUUUGACGAGCCUAUUCCUGGGCUGUUGGAUAUUCUGCGCAAGUACAACGGCCCGGCUAUCGAAAAGGAGAACUUGUAUACAGACUGA